GUCUCUGUCUCUCCCUCUCCUCCCUCCCUCCCUCCCCAGUGUCUCUGCUCUGCCCUUCACCCAGUGGCAUUUACUCCCGUGGGGUCUGACUACAGACAAAAGGAGGAGAUGCAAAUCCUGUAAACAGUGAUGCUCAUCGAUGCUAACGCCGCGAUGCAUGACCGAGUAUUGCUAAUGGGCCCUCAUGGGAAUUUAAUUGGUAUCAGAUACUGUGGAUUCAUUCAGUUCUGUUGGUGUCUUUGUGCUCUGAUGUACCUGUUCACAUCACAGUUUAUCUUCAGCAUGUGUUCGGUAUGUAAGGUCCUCUUGACCCUUCAACUUUGACCAUGAUGCUGAGCCAUGCCAGUUAUUUAGAAGCCAGCUUUGCAAGAUGAAAACAAAAGUAUCACUCAUAGGAUCUGACUGGAGGAGCGGACAUGAUUCAAAUUUGAUUUUACAUACCGGGAUCCAGGACACGUGUGUGUGUGUGUGUGUGUGUGUGUUGUAUAUGCAGUGUAGAAUAGUUACACAGUAUUUAUUGAUUAAUUUUGGCUCUGUAUUCCAGGCAUUGUGACCCUUUUUAUCUAUAUGACCCAUAUUUUAAGACAAUGCAGCUGGACUAGUCAGUCACCGGACUUUAUUCCAACUCAGCCUGUAUUUUACUUUCUGUGCCAGAAGUGAAGACUGCUGCAAUACAGGCCUGACAGAGGUUCACCAGGAAACAUACCAAAUGUCUGCUGAUGUCUUUAGGCUGAGGACUUGCCUGUAAAGGAUUUAUAUUGUUGUAGUUUAUUUUUAUUAAAGGGUCUGUGGUGUCUCCACUUCUCAUCUGAUGUGGAUGCAACACCCUCAAAUUAAAGCUGGAAGUUGACACUUGAACCUCAAAGUAAUUAUUUCAUUCUAAUCCAGUGUGGUGGACUAAAGAGUCAAAACAAACAACAAAUGUCACUGUGGGAGAGAGUGGGAGGGUCAAGGCCUCAGAUGGAGGGGCGUGGCCUCACCCUCCCCACACAACCUCCUUUGAUCAUUGCUCCAUCAUCCUUUGUUCUUUUGUGUAUGUGAAGAGGGAGAAAUGAAUGAACCUUGUCUCAGGUAAAUGUAGCAACAUAGAAAGUGUGUUAAUAGGUUGUUAAUAACUGUACUUGUGUGUGUGUGUGUGUGUGUGAGAGAGAGACAGACAGACAGACAGAGAGAGAGAGGGUGUAAAGAGGCUGGAGGGAGUGUGUUGUCAAUGGUAAUGAGUUUAGGGUCGUUGGUCUGGCAGGGACACCGAGAAGCCCUAUUAAUAUUCCUGGGGUGUCGUCGUGUGUGUCUCCCUUUCACACCCUUUACACACACUCAUAGUCCUGCCUCCGCACUGGCUGCAACACUAUGAUGUCAUCUGUGGUCUGAUUGGCUGUGAGGCUGCUGAAGGAAGGAGGAGAGAUGUUGGGAGAGAGAGAGAGAGAGGGAGGGAGGGAUGGUAGAUGGAGAGUGAGAGAAAAUGGGUGUGGGGGGUUUUUGGACAGUGGUAUGAGGUGUGCGUGUGCAGCUUUAGCCGAACCAUGAAGUGUGUGUGAGGUGUGUGUGUGUGUCUUUGGCUACGGCUUGGAGAAGAGGGGGGACCUUAAUACCACGCCCUCCCAGAAGCAUGAGACGACUUAUCUGCCAGCGGAUCUGUGACUAUCGUAGUUUUGAAGAUGAUGACAGCGUGGAUGGGAAUCGCUCUUCCUCAGCCCAGGCUGCCUUCAAGGUCCCAAAAGUUCCCAAGAAGCAGGCAGAGUCCUCUGCUGCACGCCGGCCCAGCGCUACCGGGGGCAAGCUCGUAUCCAAGGAGAGUGCAGGGGGAGUGGAUGAAGAGGACUUCAUUAAAGCCUUCACAGAUGUUCCCACUGUCCAGAUUUACUCGGCGAGGGAUCUUGAAGACAACCUGAAUAAGAUCCGUGAGAUCUGCUCUGACGACAAACACGACUGGGACCAGAGAGCCAGCGCUAUGAAGAAGGUCCGCUCACUGCUGGUGGCGGGCGCGACCAGUUACGACUGUUUCUACCAGCAUCUAAGGCUGCUGGACGGAGCCUUCAAACUGUCCGCUAAAGACCUGCGCUCACAAGUGGUCCGAGAGGCCUGCAUCACUGUGGCCUACCUGUCAUCAGUGCUGGGGAAUAAAUUUGACCACGGAGCGGAAGCUAUCGUUCCCGUCCUGUUCAACCUCAUCCCCAACUGUGCCAAAGUCAUGGCCACCUCCGGCAUGUUGGCCAUUCGCAUCAUCAUACGGCACACCCACGUCCCCCGACUCAUCCCCCUGAUCGCCAGCAACUGCACAUGCAAGUCUGUGGCUGUUAGAAGGCGCUGUUAUGAUUUCCUGGACCUUCUGCUACAGGAAUGGCAAACCCACUCUCUGGAGAGGCACACGGCAGUUCUGGUUGAGAGCAUCAAGAAGGGACUUGGAGAUGCAGACUCGGAGGCCAGAGUGGAGGCUCGCAAGGCCUACUGGGGUCUGAGGAACCACUUCCCGGCGGAGACCGACGCUCUCUACAACUCGUUGGAGCCGUCGUACCAGAGGACCCUUCAGUCCUGCCUGAAGAGCUCUGGCAGCGUGGCCUCUCUUCCCCAGAGCGACCGCUCCUCGUCCUCCUCUCAAGAGAGCCUCAAUCGGCCUCUGACUUCUAAAUGGUCAGCAGCUCCAGGGCGAGUCCCUUCGGGUUCAAAGGGCGGGGCGUCGUCGGCCUCCCUGCAGCGAUCUCGUAGCGAUGUGGAUGUUAACGCAGCAGCGGUCGCUAAGCACCGGAACGUCGGACAGACCAGGGCAGCAGGGCGCCUGCACCCUGGCUCCUACUCCUCACUGGAUGAUGCCUCUGAUAAAACGGAUGGGACCAGGUCAGACAAUGGCCGUGUACGUACCAAGCAGCCCUUGUCCACCGCCAGCAGCGUGUCCAGCCAGGUGGACUCACGAGGACGCAGCCGCACUAAGAUGGUCUCCCAGUCCCAACGUUCCGACGAAUCCGAUUGCACACCAGGAUCUCAGUCUGCUACCCCUGUUGGUGCCGGCAGUCGCAGCGGCUCCCCGGGUCGUGUGCUGACGAGUACGGCCCUGAGCACCCUGAGCUCAGGGGCCCACCGGGUGCUGGCCGGGUCCAGCGGGGACAAAAACAGACGCAGCCGAAUCCCCCGUAGCCAGGGCUGCUCCAGAGACUCCUCCCCCACCCGCCUGUCAGUCGCUCCUUCCAGCAUUAGUUCCAUCUACAACGGAGCAAGCAGAGGAGCUCGGGGCAGUCGUAUCCCUCGGCCCAGUAUGAGUCAGGGCUGCAGCAGAGAGGCCAGCAGGGAGAGCAGCCGCGACACGAGCCCCAUUCGCUCCUUCACUCCCCUCGCAUCGCGGAGCUACUCUCGCUCCACCGGAGCUCUCCACACACCUGACGCUUUUGGUGCUGCAGGAUCGGGUUUGGGCAUCAGCCAGUCCAGUCGUCUCUCUUCCUCAGUCAGCGCCAUGAGGGUCCUCAACACGGGCUCCGACGUAGAAGAGGCUCUCGCAGAUGCUCUGCUGUUGGGAGACAUCCGGUCCAAGAAGAAGCCAGCACGGCGGCGGUACGAAAACUACGGCAUGUACUCUGACGACGACGCCAACAGCGAUGCAUCCAGCGCCUGCUCGGAGAGGUCCUACAGCUCCAGGAACGGAGGAGCCAUCCCCACAUACAUGAGACAGACGGAAGACGUAGCUGAGGUGCUGAACCGCUGUGCCAGUGCCAACUGGUCGGAGAGGAAGGAGGGGCUUAUGGGCUUGCAGGCGCUGCUGAAGAACCAACGCACCCUCAGUCGGGUAGAGUUGAAGAGGCUGUGUGAAAUCUUCACCCGGAUGUUUGCAGACCCUCACAGUAAGCGAGAUUCCGGCAGAGUGUACGGCACGGCAGAAUCCGGUAUAAGCUCAGCCUCCUUCAAGAGAGUGUUCAGCAUGUUCCUGGAGACACUGGUGGAUUUCAUCCUGGUCCACAAGGAAGAUCUGCAGGACUGGCUGUUCGUCCUGCUCACACAGCUGCUGAAGAAGAUGGGAGCAGACCUGCUGGGCUCCGUACAGGCCAAAGUACAGAGAGCCCUGGAUGUCACACGAGAGUCUUUCCCCAACGACCUCCAGUUCACUAUUCUCAUGAGGUUUACUGUGGACCAGACACAGACGCCCAACCUCAAGGUGAAGGUGGCCAUUUUGAAGUAUAUCGACACGCUGACGAUACAGAUGGAAGCUCCAGACUUUGUGAACUCCAGUGAGACUCGGCUUGCCAUCUCCCGCAUCAUCACGUGGACGACUGAACCCAAGAGCUCUGACGUCAGAAAGGCGGCCCAGUCGGUGUUGAUCUCACUGUUCCAGCUCAACACUCCAGAGUUCACCAUGCUGCUGGCAGCUCUGCCCAAAACCUUCCAGGACGGAGCAACCAAGCUGCUUCAAAACUAUCUGAAGAACACUGGCAACGCUGCACAGGCAACAAUGGGCAGCCCUCUGACGCGCCACACCCCCCGCUCUCCAGCUAGCUGGUCCAGCCCGGUCACCUCCCCCACCAACACCUCCCAGAACACCCCCUCGCCAAGUGCAUUUGACUACGACACAGAGAACAUGAACUCAGAGGACAUCUACAGCUCACUGAAAGGUGUCACUGAGGCGAUCCAGAACUUCAGCGUCCGCAGCCAAGAGGACAUGAAUGAACCGCUCCACCGCCGGGAGGGAGACGAGGGGGACAGCGGGACAGACUUUGUGGACGGCGGAGGCCGCAUGGCUCUGGACAACAAGACGUCCCUCCUCAACACCCCCCUGCUCUCCUCCAGCCCCCGAGGGGCCCGCGAGCACUUCUCAGACUCUCCCUUCAAACACAGCCGCAAAGACUCCAGCAUGGACGACUCCGAGCAUCUCACAGAUGACAGCAGCCUGGACCAGUCGGAGCUGGUGGCCGAGCUGCUGAAAGAGCUGUCCAAUCACAACGAGCGCAUUGAGGAGAGGAAGGCAGCGCUGUGCGAUCUGCUGAAGCUGAUCCGCGAGAACACCCUGCAGGUGUGGGACGAACAUUUCAAGACCAUCCUGCUGCUCCUAAUGGAAACGAUGAGCGACAGAGAGCAUGUGAUCCGAACACUGGCUCUGCGGGUGCUGAGGGAGAUUCUCAGCAAGCAGCCCUCGAGGUUCAAAAACUACGCAGAGCUCACCAUCAUGAAGGCCCUGGAGGCUCACAAAGACCCCCACAAGGAGGUGGUACGAGCAGCGGAGGAGACGGCAGCCAUGUUGGCAUUGUCCAUCAGUCCAGACCAGUGUGUCAAGGUGUUGUGUCCCAUCAUCCAGUCAGCCGACUACCCCGUCAACCUGGCUGCCAUCAAGAUGCAGACCAAAGUAGUGGAGAGGGUUCCCCGCGAGGGCCUGAUGAGCCUCUUGCCUGAGAUAGUGCCAGGACUCAUACAGGGUUACGACAACUCUGAGAGCAGUGUAAGGAAAGCCUGUGUGUUCUGCUUGGUGGCCAUUUAUGCAGUGAUCGGAGAGGACCUCAAACCGCACCUCAACCAACUCUCCAGCAGCAAGCUGAAGCUGUUGAAUCUGUACAUCAAGCGCGCCCAGUCUGGCUCGAGCGGCGGUGAACCUCCGUCUGAGGGCCUAUAGGAGACACGGCGCACUCCCACAGAACUGCAACUCUGCCCACCGAACAUCAACAUCAGUUCAUGAACUCACACCCACACAGACCGAGAACAAAACAGACAUCCUAACACUCUUUCACCGGAGCAACCUGCUUACAACCACACCUUCCCUGCACUCUGGCCAGCACACACACACACACACACACACAAUCCUCAUACAUUUCCUGCCCCACUACAAGAUUGGAGUUGCGCUGCAGAAGAGAGGAGUGCUGUAGUUCUUCUGACCCUCGCUGUGGAUCCACCCUGCUCUCAGACUGAGCAGAACCCUUAAAUACAAACAGACAACACACAUUCAGUCACACCCAGGUUCGUCACUAACCACUCAAGGAUGAAGAUAUGAAAUGUCCGUCCUCCAUCCCGAACACUACAGUUUCCCCUCUGCAUAACAUCUUGAUGUCAACAGGAAGUGUGUCUGCGUGGUUCUCAUUUUGAAGGUCCGGUUCAUAGAACAGUGCUGAGACGAAUGAAUGGUGCCGUCUUGUGUCUUUCUUGAACAGUGAGUAACUGGGGCCAGGUAGACGGGAAUGUAAAUGUACGUUGUGUCAUAGUUUGGAUUUAUUUUACGCGAUGAGGUUUUACCGCAGCGGUUUUUAAAUGUCUGGAGUUUUCUCUCUCUCACACACACACACACACACAAACACACACAUUUUCUCUCUUUCAAAAAGGUGCUGAUUAGCCUAAAAGGUACGACCAGCGAACCGUGCGCAGCACUGACGUGAGUCACAGCGGGUCACGCCUGCUCGUAGAAGAGACAGUACAUGGGUUGAUUCCAAAGUAUAGGAGGUGUUUUGUGCUUGGCUAUGCAUGAGACUAAAUUUAAGGGAAAAAAAGGUUUUAUUUGGAGUUCGAUCGACAGUCAUAAUAGUGUGACUUGGGGUUUUAAAUUAAUGGUGAACAAUGUCCGCCCCUUUCAGAAGAAUUCAUGGUGUCCUCCGUUUCUCCCGGCUCUUCUUGGUUCACUCUGUUUUUGGGCAACAUGGAGAGGAAGAUGAGUGCGUGCUGCUUACUACAUGAAGUAUGACGGGACAUGGCUUAUUAUCACAUAGUGGAUAUGUAUCUCUACAUGAUAUUAAAAUGGAAUAUCCAAUAACUGUAAUUUAGGAGAGUUCCCCAGAGGGGGGGUUCGCACCUGUGCCCAUCCUUGUUUUUCUCUCUCUCUCUCUGUUGCGCUAGCUGUAGUCUCUCUCUCUCUCUCUCACACACCUAUUUUUUUCUCUGCUGAGAAAUUUGUAGAAAUGUAUUAUUUACAGCUCUGAAAACAACUCGUCGUGUCACCCUUUUCUCUUCUCUUCAUUGUGUCUUUCUUUCCUUGCUCUUGUAACAUUCUAGUUUCACUGUUGUGUUUCCUCCGUGCAUUUACAAAGCUGUGCUUACAUUACAAUAAAGAACUUGUACAGAUCAUGA